AUGUUUGGUAGACAGCACAAAAGUGUAGAUGAAAGUGAGCCGAGUAGUGAUGAAGAAGUAUUCAGGUUUCCAAGAAAAGUUAGAAAUAUUAUUGUGUCAAGUUCAAGCUCGGAAAAUGAGGAUUUGUAUGAGAGUGAAGAUUUUGAAGAACUAUUAGCAAACCUAGGUAUAGAAGAAGAGAAUGAGCAGAUUGAUACUGUCGGUUCAUCUGACAAUAUCCAGUGGAAGGAGUUCACCGGAAAACAAAAAUCAUUCGAAUUCACCGGGAAAAGUGGACUUCUUGUGGAACUACCUUCCAAUAUUACAGCGGGUGAAACCCUUUCUCUCUUCCUGAAUGAACAAGUGAUAGACCUUAUGGUGAAAGAAACGAAUAGGUAUGCAGAAAACAAAUUAGAUCACAAUACAAGCAGCGAACAAGCUCGAAUAAACAGAUGGAAACCCACAAAUUCCGAAGAGAUCAAAAUAUUUCUUGGACUGUUGCUUUGGAUGGGUUUGGUGCAAGUUCCACUAACUACAUAUUGGUCAACGGAUUCUCUUUAUAAUUUUCCGUUUCCUCGAAGUAAAAUGUCUCGCAAUCGAUUCGAAUUAUUGUUGUCGAAUUUACAUUUCGCAAACAACGUAGCCAUACAGUGUAAUAAUCGACUUGGGAAAGUGUUGCCAUUAGUGGAGAUACUUACAAAUAAUUACCAACAAAUAUUCUUACCCGGCUCAGAAAUUGUAGUUGAUGAGACUCUGGUUCCUUGGAGAGGAAGGCUCAUAUUCAGGCAGUACAUACCGACAAAAUCACACAAAUAUGGGAUAAAACUCUUCAAAUUGUGUUCCACAGAAGGAUAUACGUGGUCCACUAAAAUAUAUGCUGGACGCGAUUCCAGCGAGAUCCAGCGAGUUGGCAUUGCCGAAAAAGUUUGCUUCGAACUCAUAAACAAGCUGUUGAACGAAGGGCGAACUUUGUAUAUCGACAAUUUCUAUACUAGCUACGAAUUAGCAGUAAAAUUGUUAAAUUUUAAAACCCAUGUUGUCGGAACGGUACGCCAUAAUAGGAAAUUUAUGCCAAAAGCUGUUAUGCUUCACCCACUGAAGAGAGGUGAAAUAAUAUCACGGGAGGACGAUAAUGGCAUUGUAGUGCUGAAAUGGAGAGAUGUCCGUGACGUCAGAAUAUUAUCAUCGAAACAUGCACCUAUUAUGGUACCAAUUUCGGACUCGUCCACUCUUCGCGGACGUCCUCCAAAAAUAAAACCUUUAGCAGUCAUAGCUUACAAUACUGGAAAGUCUGGCAUUGACAGAAGUGACCAAAUGGCAUCAUAUGCAACAACAAUUCGAAAGAGCAUAAAAUGGUAUCGAAAACUAGCAAUUCAUUUCCUAAUAGGUACUUCUGUAGUGAAUGCACACGUUGUUUAUCAAAAAGCAACGAACAAGAAUAUACAAAUAAGAAAAUUCCGAGAGCUAAUAGUUCGAGAGUGGUUGGAAUCCGAAAACGCAAGACCCCAAGCAGUACACAAAGCAUCUCAUCGCCUGCAAAUUCGCAAAAAUCCUCAGGGCAAAUCCAUUAGAAGAAUGUGCGUUCGGUGCUACACAAAACAGAGGGAAACUCUCCAACGCCAGGACGCAAGAAAAAAUGUGCAAAAGACUAUAACAUAUUGUCCAGAGUGUCCACAGUCACCUCAAUUAUGUUUAAAAUGUUUUAACGAAUACCAUAACUAA